GCGUCUGGAGCUCCCCCCGCGCCGCGCCGCCCCCUCCGCGCCGUGCUGUGCCGUGCCGUGCCCGGCCGCGCUGCCAGCAGCGGGGGAGGCAGCGUGCGGGCAGGGCCGGGGAACGGAGCGAGGGAGGAGGAAGAGGGGACGGCAGAGGCGAGGCCGGCCCGAGGAAAUCCAGCGGCCCCGACAUGAAUUAGGCUGCCAGGGCAGGGAGGGCCCCCUCCCCCGCUGGCGGGUCCGCUCGGCGCCGGGGGAGCAGCGCCGCCCGCUCGGAGCAGCGCACGCACACACGGAGCGGAGCGGGGCCGGCAGGGAGGGCGGGAGGGCGGGGGGCCGGCAGAUGAGGAUGGCAAUGUCUGUGAUCCAAGCGUGCCGCAGCCUGGCGCUCUCAACAUGGCUGCUGUCCUUUUGUUUCGUGCAUCUGCUGUGCCUGGACUUCACCGUGGCCGAGAAGGAGGAGUGGUACACGGCCUUCGUCAACAUCACCUACGCCGACCCGGCGGGCGGCGGCGCCGAGCUCCGCAGCGAGAAGAGCGAGUGCGGGCGCUACGGCGAGCAGUCGCCCAAGCAGGACGCCCGCGGGCAGGUGGCCCUGUCCGCCUCGCCCGCCGACCGCUACGCCUGCGACCCCGGCACCCGCUUCAACGCCCCGGCGCCGGGCAAGAGCUGGGUGGCCCUGAUCCCGCGGGGAAACUGCACCUACAAGGACAAGAUCCGCCACGCCGCCGCCCAGAACGCCUCCGCCGUCGUCAUCUAUAACGUGGGCUCCAGCAACGCCAACGAGACCAUCACCAUGCCGCACGCAGGCCUAGAAGAUGUGGUAGCAAUAAUGAUUCCCGAGCCCAAAGGCAAGGAGAUAGUGAGCCUGCUGGAGAGGAACAUCACGGUGAUGAUGUACAUCACCAUCGGGACGCGCAACCUGCAGAAGUACGUGAGUCGCACCUCAGUGGUGUUCGUCUCCAUCUCCUUCAUCGUGCUGAUGAUCAUCUCCCUGGCAUGGCUGGUCUUCUACUACAUCCAGAGGUUCCGCUACGCCAACGCCAGAGACAGAAAUCAGCGGCGCCUUGGAGAUGCUGCGAAGAAAGCAAUCAGCAAGCUGCAAGUCAGGACCAUCAGGAAAGGUGACAAGGAAACUGAGCCAGACUUUGAUAACUGUGCUGUUUGUAUCGAAGGCUACAAGCCCAAUGAUGUUGUCAGGAUAUUGCCUUGCAGGCAUCUGUUCCACAAGUCCUGUGUGGACCCCUGGCUGCUGGACCAUCGCACCUGCCCGAUGUGCAAAAUGAAUAUUCUAAAAGCUCUGGGGAUUCCGCCCAAUGCAGACUGCAUGGAUGACAUACCCCCAGACCUGGAGGCGUCCAUCGGGGGCCCCCCGACGAACCAGAUCACGGGGGCCAGCGACACCACGGUGAACGAGAGCUCCGUGGCCCUGGACCCCCCUGCCCGGAGCGUGGGAGCGCUGCAGGUCAUCCAGGACGGGCCCUCCUUCCCCCAGCCCGCCGAGGGCACCUUCACUGCCACCAAUGAGCAGGAGCCAGCAGUCAGCAGUGAUUCAGAUAUCUCAUUGAUCAUGGCCAUGGAGGUUGGACUCUCCGAUGUGGAGCUUUCCACGGAUCAGGACUGCGAGGAGGCGAAAUCCUGAAAACAGAGCUCCAGCACCAAACCACAGGGCAGGGCCACAGGUAGGGACCCAGCCAGCUCUCUGGGGUUUGGAGCAGUCAUGCCAAUGCCUCCAGAGCACUGUCAUCCUGCACACUCCAUGCUGAGAUGGUGAAAAGCAAUAGCAGCUGCUGUGUCUGCCUGGAUGCGGUUCCAUCGCCUGCACACCUGUCUGGCUCACCUGGGACAUGGACACAUCCAGAUUGUGCUCGAGAGCACUCAUGGGGCUCUCCAGGGGCUCCUCAAUGUGCAACUGAAAUGACAGCUUGAGUGUUUUUUACACUUGUUCAAUCCAGUUUCUGUUGUGUUUUUUGAAAAGGCAUAUGUUUAUUUUGUUUGUUUGUUUAUGGUUUGUUAUGGACAAUGUUUCUAUUGACUGACCCCAGCUUUUUCAAGAGUUCAGUCCAGACACCCGAAUUCCCGUUCAUUGGUCACGUCAUGAUCUGAGCAGGAUUCAUCAUUGCCUUGUUGUUUCUGCAUGAAUUACAUGUGGCUGGCUCCAGAAGGAUCAUGCACCAGCACCCUGCAUUAGGUAACACCUGCCUUCAUUAGGUGGCAGGCUUGGAAAUGACACAUUCUGAAGGCUUUCAUUUGUAAUUUGCUUGUAUUUCUGAAUUUGCAGAAAUCUGGGUUAAAAUGGUAUUAGUUUGUGUCUUAAAGUUCUGUUCUAGACAGGUAUUGUAAAGUGUGAAGGAGAGACAGAGCUUGAAGCAUCACUCCAUCCACGUGCUCCUGUCCUGUAUUUUAUGCUGUUCACAGGUGUCAGUACAUUUGUGUCCUUCCUCCAAGUGACAAUUCCAUAGCUGGAAAAAAAGAUCUAGCAUAACAUCACUUCUUAAUUUUACAGACCAAAACCAGAUCAGUGGGUGGAGGGAGCAUCUGAGAGGUUUCCAGAGGCUGCUUAUUAACAGUUCUGCAUUGAGCAGGUGACAGUAUUCUUACAAAGGGUCUGGAGAUGCUGCUGUCAGCAUCAGAAAUUGCCAAGGGAGCAAGAGGCAGCCAUUUGAAAUGUUUAAUUCCUGGUUUGCUUUGGGUCUUUUCACUCAGUGUGUUUCAUUUCUUACAUUUUGACAGCAGUUUUUGUCUGCUUGUUAUCUAACAAGAGUUCAGGUGGUUUGUUGCCCUCCAGAGUCCCUGUCAUUGUUUUCAGAAGAAUAUUUGAAAUUUGUAUACAGGUACAUACACCAAAAUAUACUGGGGAAGGAAUUUGAAAAUAAAAGAACUAAUACAAAUCAAAACACCUAAAUAAUAAUGACCUGACCUAAUAAUUAAUUUCAUCCUGAGCUCUGCUUUCCAGGUGAGAGCUCACUGUUAAUUGUGCAGUGUGUGAUUUGGUUUUUCAAUGUAAAUACUCAGCUGUGAAGAAGCUUACUGUUACACAAGAAUUCACAGUUUCUGCUGAGAGUCAGAUGAUUUGAAUCACAUUGCUGCCUCCUGAGUCAGUCCACAGAAUCAACAACUCAUCUUACAUUGAAAUUCCAUGCAGAGGUCAAACAUUUUGACUUGGCAGUGUCAUGAUGGCAUCUCAAAAUGCAACUGCUGGGGCUCACUGCAUUUAAUCUCCUUGUGGAUUUACUUGUUAAAUGUGAAAACUAGCUUCCAGUCAAAUUUUGUGUUUGUCAGAUUUUAUUCAGGAACACAUGUGUUUAUCCCUAAAACUUUGGUUGACUUGCUUCUUCAGUACAGAAAGAAGGAAAAAAUAUUCCCCAUGCUUUUCUGUCCAUUUAGAACUAAUUGAACAUUUAGUUUAAUUCUGUUUUAUGUUCUUAGUCCCUAAAUUUCAGGGUAAUCUUGAGGUGAAGCUGAGUUACACAUCACUGAAGCCUGAACUUAGGAAAGAAGCACUUAAGUAAAUGUUUUAUUCCAUCCUUCUUUAAAAAAAAAAAAAAAAUUAAUUUUGGACUUGCACUCAAAUUUAAUUAUUCUCAACAGGCCUUCUAUGAGCAUACAUAAGCCCCUGUGUCAGUUGUCAUUUUUAGGCCUUUUAUUUGAGGGUGAUUGAGGCACAAAGGAAAAAGGCUUUAUAGAUGCAGUUUGGAAAGAGAAAUUAUUGAAAUCACAUAUGAUAAGCGGUCCCUUGGAUUUCACUGAUGACCUCUGGAUCAAAUCCCAAGGAAGUCAUUGCAAGAAGGGCAUUGAUGUUGGGGUGCAUCCAUUUCACAGGAUUAAUCUUUUCUCUCUCCAACAUUUUAAUUGUGGAUUGGUGGAAGUUACUUCUGUCUGUAGUGAAUGGAAAAAGAAAUGAGAGGAAAAAAAAAAAAGGAGUAAUAGUGUUUUCCCUUUCUUGUGUUUUUCUUGAUUCUUGGUUCUGAGUAGCAUUAAACACAAUAGCCAGAUCAAGAUGCUUGUUUGCUCUGAAUGUAUACAGUUAUUUCAGAUGUCAAAUAUCCAAAUGUUUUGUAUAUGUAUGUAAUGCCAUCCACAACACUUGUUUCAUGUUAGAAACCUGAAAUGACUGUACCAUUUUAUAAUUAGACAUGUAAAGAGGGGACAGUGGGUGGGAGGGUCUGUUAUUUUUAUACCAAGAUGUUCCUUGUAUUUAGUGAACAUUUCAAACAGUUUUGUACUUUCAAAAUAUAUACAUUCCAUCCAUUUCCAGAAGAGAAUUAUUUCUAUUUAGAGUAGUUUAUAAGCAAACCAAAAAAAAAAAAAAGAAGAAAAAAGGUAGCAUCCCACUUAUCAGCAGUACCCUGGUUUUCAGUGAUGGCUACAGAGCUUUUUCCAGCCGUGUCUCUUCUCACAUGCAGCACAGCCAUACCAGCAAAUGCCAGUGUUGUAAAGAGAAUUAAAAUCCCAAAUGAAAUAAAUACCACAUAAAAUAAAUACCACAUGGACCACAUUUUGUUAAGCUAUAAGUGCACAGCUUAACAAAAUGACUUCAUUAAGUUCAGAGACAAUGGCCUGUCCAAGAGAAAUUCUCCAAAGCACUCAUUCCUGCAUCUCUACUUUGAGAAACACUCACCAAAAGACCAUGGCACAAUCAUCCUGUGGCAUUUGCAUGGGCCAUCCUCUUUCUUGUAUUUGGCUUUUUCAUUCCUUUCCCUGCUACCUGUGACGUGCUGCCAAAGCUGGGCAGUAGCAGUUUGUGAAGACUUUUUUUUUUUGCCUUUUUUCCCUUCUGUACAGUCUUGCAAAUAAACUUUUAACUCUUUGCUGACAUUUUAUAAGGUAUACAUCUUCUUCUCCAAUGCACUUUAUCUCUCUUGAAAAAUGUGGGAGUCGGAGAACUACCAUCUUAAAGGGAUUUGCCUGACAUCAUGAGAAACAUACUUUUUAUUAUUUUGUGUCGUUUUUGCUUUGUUAAAUACUGUAAAUGCUAAAGAGCAUAGACAGUGACUCAGCUGGGGGAAAUACCGAAAUGUUGAGGCUAAUACUUGGAAGCAUUAAUCAGUAGUCCAACAUGGCUAUUUUUGCUAUAUAGAGGAUUAUAAUGUAAAUAUGUGAGACUGUGUUAUUACGUACUAGUAAAAUAUUGCAACUCUCAAAGUUGAGAUGGUGAAUUCCAAGGAAUUUUAUUGCAGGUUUUUUUAAUAAAACAAAUCUGAUGAUUGUGUUGUAUGUGCUUUCUAA